UGAUGUGCUGUGAGAUUUUUCAAAAUGAAAAUCAAUCAUGCGCAGUAGCUCCAAAAAAAAUUGUGAAAUACAGGGACUGUUAUUUCUGCUACUCUCAACUCUCAUCGCGUAAAAAGGGAACAAAGGCUGAUCAGACCCCCCGCCCCCUACCCGUGGAGUCACCACAUGAAUUUGUUGAACUAAGCCCACUAAGAAUAGAAAAAUGUUGUCUUUUCAAUCACACACGCACACACUCACCAGAUUAUCCAGAACCUCAGGAAAUCUCAUUCACAUGGAAACCAACACGUCUUCAUUCUCAUUGGUAGCCAAUGUCAUUGAAUCCUUCCUUUUCCAUUUAAACGUGAGGCAUGUCAACAGGGCUUCCUCACAACAUUCCUCAUCCUCACGACGCCAGGAGUUUGUUAUUUGGAGAACAUUGUGUACAUGUUUUUCUUAAUUUACAAUGAAGUCAGAAUAGCAUCGGGGAAAUAGCCUGACGAGUCUUACCGAGAGAAUCGACUGUAUUGUCAUGGCCUCAGCUGUGGUUCCUGUCACAGAAAACCUGUCGGUGUUUUCCAUCGAGCAUAUUUUAGGUUUGGAAGGCAAACGAGCAGGAAGAUGCAUGAAACUCCACCGACCUUGGGACCAGACAGCAGAGGUGGAAUCAGAUGAGAACAAUGCUUGCCAUCAACAACAUGAGCACCAUCCUUCCCGCUUCAGCUUUCAGAGUUCGACGUUAAGCUGGUACGUCGGACGCCGACCUCGAACUGCCUUCACCGACAGCCAAGUGAAUGUUCUGGAAGCGGUGUUUCAGGUCAACUGUUAUCCAGGCAUCCAACUGAGGGAACAUUUGGCCGGGAGCUUGGAACUGGAUGAGGACCGCAUACAGAUUUGGUUUCAGAACCGACGGGCCAAACUAAGACGAGCCCUCAGGGAAAGCAGACUGAGAUUGGUUCAGUCCACCGCGGCUCAUCUUGGGAUGAAAGUUGUUGAUCAGCUCGGGAGGGAUGACCUGCACGCCGAGAUUGAGGAAUAACAUUUUUUCAUCCAUCCAUCCAUAUACAAACCACCAUAUAGCUCCCAAUUAGUAAUAAUAAAUAAAUGUAGCAUUUUCUAACUGUUGUGUGAUGAGCAUGAUUAAAACAUCUGAUCAUUUUGGGGUAUAUUUCUCUGCACUGGAUUCGUGUAUGUACAUAUGUGAAUAUUGUGAUUCUGCUUCCAGAGCUAUACCAAACU